GAAGUCAUAGCAGACGAUCAUUUCCGCUCGAUAAAACACAUCUCGGGCAUUCGAAAACCGUAUUAAAUCGGUUUUAGGAAAUUUAUCCGUACACAAUGGCUAAGUGUACGGAACUAUCUAAGGACAAUAUUGAGGAAGCUCUAAUUGGGCUUGAUACCGUCCUGACUGAUUGCGAUGGCGUUCUUUGGAAUGGUCCAGACGUUAUUCCUGGCGCCGUCGAAGCCAUAAGAAAGUUGCGCAAAAGAAAUAAAAAGGUUUACUUUGUAACGAAUAAUAGUACUAGAACCCGAGAUGAAUAUGCUGAAAAAUUGACGAAGCUUGGAUUCGAAGCCGGAAGGGAGGAUAUAAUCUGUUCGGCAUACGUUACCGCUCAGUAUAUAAGACAUCAACUUGGUAUUCGGGGAAAGAUUUUCGUUGUUGGUAGCUAUGGUUUACAGAAAGAAUUGAAUAAUGCAGGAUUUGAUACCUCUCCAAUUGGACCUGAUCCAUUACAAGAUUCGUCUUGCGACUGGACAGAUAUGCCUUUGGAUCCAGAUAUAACGGCGGUCGUUGUUGGCUUCGAUCCUCAUUUCAGCUAUGCUAAGAUGGUGCGAACUUGCGGUCAUUUAUCUAAAACACAAAUACCCCUUAUUGCUACGAACGACGAUCCGGCUUUACCUGCUAAAAAUGAUCGCAUUGUUCCAGGGACUGGAGCCAUACUGCAUGCAAUAGAAGUCGGAAGUGGUCGUAAAGCAUUUGUUUGCGGAAAACCCUAUGAACCCAUAUUGAAAGUUAUUAUUGAGAGGAAAAACGUAGACCCGUCUAAAGCACUUGUUAUUGGCGAUCGUUUGGAAACUGAUAUCGCUAUGGCUAAUUUGAGCAACAUGAACUCUCUGCUUGUACUAUCUGGUUGUGCCGCUUUAGAUGAUGUAUACCAACUGCAAAGCAGCGUUGAUGCAAAAGAUAAAGGCCUUUUGCCGAGCUUCUACAUCAAGUCAUUGUCUAGCCUUAAUGCUCUCCUCCCCUAA